GUCUGUUUUAAACUGACCAAUCAAUGGUAUUAUAAUAAUUAGUUAAAAACAACGUUCUGCUGCAAGUCGCCCAAUAAAUGACGGAUUUUCCGCGAGUUUCUCAGUUUUCGCGGCUCCGGCGCGCGCUGAGUCCCGUCAGGCUUCUCUGAAGCGGAGCGCGCGCCGGCGGACCGUUUAACGUAACUAACGGUCAUUCGCCUUUCGCCUUCUUACCGAGUGUUUUACUGUAACAUUGGAGGGUUCAGAAAUCCUGCCUGCUCGUGAACACAUUUAGUGCUCUAAGUUCUUUUUUUCCCCAUCAUAUUUAUUUAACAUCUAUGUAUUAAAACACCGGCGUUAGAUACUGUAGUUAUCCAUCGUCAGCGCAGGGCUUCUCAAACACUAACUGGUUUGAAGUUUCUCGAACCUUCUUCAAGUUCAACUACAUUUUUACAAAAAAACGAAAACAGUUUUCUGAGUUCACCCGUGGUCCUCGUGUUUGUUUGAAAUUUGGAGCUGCAAAGAGAAGCAAAUAUAAUCAGGUGGUGAAAUGUGUUCUGUUGUUCUGUCUGUGUCCAGUAAAAUCGAACUCCCGCUUCAUUUACUUCAAGUCCUACUGGCACCUGUGUUUUGUGUGAAAAUGUCCAGCCCAUUGGAGAGGGAGACCUUGCUGGUGGCAAAGGAUUAUGUGGGUUUCUGCACUGGGAUCCGGCAAGACCCUCCAAGCGAGUCAGCCAAAGCCAUGAGACAACUGGCGAAGCAAACGGAGAGGCAACAUCGGUCAACAUUUCAAACCUUAGUGCAGAACUUCUUGGACAACUCUGAACCCGACUUCCUGACCAGUCUGAAGCAGACCAUGGCAGCGCUGGCGCAUGACGGACAGUUGAACUGGGGAAGAGUCGUAGCGCUUUUUGCAUUCGCAGGAAUGCUAGCGAGCGAGCUCUCAUCCCGGGGAGUGGACGUCAGCAACAGAAGGUUAGCGGAGACGAUCGCUCGCUACCUCAGCGAGGAGCACGGAGAAUGGCUUCUGCACAACGGUGGCUGGGCAAAAAACAGCCAAAGCAAGGAUCCCAGAGGAAGUCUUCUAGGGCGAAGAAGGGCGGCUAUCCCUGCAAUGCUCACAACGGAGACUGCAAAGAAAGCAUUCUGCAGGAACGAUCCCAAGUCCACACCUCUCACCAUGCGGAAAAAGGAGAGGAAGCCGACCUACACAAGAGACAAACAAAAUGCCAAGGCACAGAACAGGUUGGAACACAUUUACACAUUAUUUCAGCAUUUGAUAGCAUCUGCAGCUCUUUUUCCACUUCACAUUGGAACAUGGAAAACCAUCCUCUUCACGCCACAGCAAUUGGAGAUCAGCAGCAAGUCCUUGAAAUAUGAUCAGAACAUGAUCCUUCAGGCAAAAAACAGCCGAAGCAAGGACCCCAGAGGAAGUCUUCCAGGGCGAAGAAGGGCGGCUAUCCCUGCAAUGCUCGCAACGGAGACUGCAAAGAAAGCGUUCCUCAGGAACAACCCCAAGUCCGCACCUCUCACCAUGUGGAAAAAGGAUAGGAAGCCGACCUACACAAGAGACAAACAAAAUGCCAAGUAA